UCGGGCCCGGGACCAGGAAGCGCUGGGGGGAAGAGGAGCGGAGUUGAAACAAGCCAGGAUGGUGGUGUCUUCGCUGAAGCUCCAAGAUCUAAUCGAGGAAAUUCGUGGGGCCAAGACGCAGGCCCAGGAGCGGGAGGUGAUCCAGAAGGAGUGCGCCCACAUCCGCGCCUCCUUCCGCGAUGGGGACCCUCUGCACAGGCACCGCCAGCUGGCCAAACUGCUCUACGUCCACAUGUUGGGCUACCCCGCCCACUUUGGACAGGUACUGGGCAGUGAUGCCUCCCUUCUGAGUUUGAUGAGGAAGGCUAAUGGGGCAGGGUCUUGGACACCUUCACCUGCUUGUGCUCUGAUUUUUUUAUUCUCCGAAGUUUCUGAGCCCUCCCUCACAGCAUGCACUGCCUACCUCCUUCCCUAUUACAACCCCUGUAGGUCAUAAGCUGGACUGAACCCUUCAUUCUCUGGCCAGCCCCAUUCAAGCCACCUCCUUUUCUCUCCCACCUCCUCGACUCCUGGUUCCUUGAAACUACCCACUGACUUUGAAUUUCCUAAGCCUUUUCCUUUGUUGAAGGGAGGAUGAUGGGAAAUGGUGCUACCAUAAAUUAAUCUGGUGGUAAAGAAGAUAGAAAAGGGAUGUUAGUGCCUUGAGUUUCACCCCUGCCCCUUCCUGGUCUGCCCCCUUCCCUGUAGAUGGAGUGCCUGAAACUGAUCGCCUCCCCCAGAUUCACAGACAAGAGGGUGGGCUACCUGGGGGCCAUGCUUCUACUGGAUGAGAGGCAGGAUGCCCACCUGCUCAUUACCAACAGCAUCAAGAAGUGAGAGGGUUCUGGGAAGCACUUGGAAUCAGGGAGAUGGGAGAGUGGGAAACUGGGAAGUCCCAGGGGGCUGCCUGAUGUAGGUACUGGGAAGGAUGGAUUUCUCAGAGCUUGACUGACCACCCUCCCGACUCUGCAGUGACCUGAGCCAGGGGAUUCAGGCAGUACAAGGCCUGGCCCUGUGCACUCUGAGCACUGUGGGCUCUGCUGAGAUGUGCCGGGACUUGGCCACUGAGGUGGAGAAACUGCUCCUGCAACCCGGCUCCUAUGUGCGCAAGAAGGCUGUUCUGACUGCAGUGCACAUGAUCCGGAAGGUCCCCGAGCUCUCCAACAUUUUCCUCCCACCCUGUGCCCAACUGCUUCAUGAACGCCACCACGGCAUCCUGCUGGGCACCGUCACGCUGAUCACGGAGCUCUGUGAACGAAGCCCUGCAGCCCUCAAGCACUUUCGAAAGGUGGUUCCCCAGCUGGUGCAGAUCCUCCAGACUCUGGUGACGACGGGAUACUCCGUAGAACACAGUAUAUCUGGAGUCAGCGACCCCUUUCUGCAGGUCCAGAUACUUCGUCUGCUUCGGAUUCUGGGCCGGAACCAUGAAGAAAGCAGUGAGGUCAUGAAUGACUUGCUGGCCCAGGUGGCCACUAACACAGAUACCAGCCGAAAUGCAGGCAAUGCAGUCCUGUUUGAGACAGUGCUGACCAUCAUGGACAUCCGCUCUGCAGCCGGCCUGCGGGUUCUGGCUGUCAACAUUCUUGGCCGCUUUCUGCUCAACAACGACAAGAACAUUAGGUAUGUAGCCCUGACGUCAUUGCUGCGUAUGGUGCAGUCCGAUCACAGUGCUGUGCAGCGGCACCGGCCCACUGUGGUGGAGUGUCUGCGGGAACCCGACGCCUCUCUUAGCCGGCGGGCCCUGGAACUGAGUCUGGCUCUGGUGAAUAGCUCCAAUGUGCGAGCCAUGACACAAGAGCUGCAGAGCUUUCUGGAAUCCUGCCUCCCUGAUCUACGGGCCGACUGUGCCUCAGGCAUCCUGCUGGCAGCAGAGAGGUUUGCCCCAACCAAGCGCUGGCACAUAGACACCAUCCUGCGUGUGCUGACAACGGCAGGCACCCAUGUACGGGAUGAUGCGGUGGCCAACCUGACCCAGCUGAUUGGGGGUGCUCAGGAGCUACACGCCUACUCUGUGCGCCGCCUCUACAGCGCCCUGGCAGAGGACAUCUCCCAACAACCACUGGUGCAAGUGGCAGCCUGGUGCAUUGGAGAAUAUGGGGACCUCCUGCUGGAGGGGGGCUGUGAGGAAACCGAGCCCCUUCAGGUGGAGGAAGAGAAGGUGUUGGCACUCCUGGAAAAGGUGCUGCAGUCCCACAUGUCCCUACCGGCCACCCGAGGAUAUGCCCUGACAGCCCUCAUGAAGCUCAGCACCCGGCUCCGUGGGGACAACAACCGCAUCCGCCAGGUGGUGUCCAUCUACGGGAGCUGCGUGGACGUGGAGCUGCAGCAGCGGGCCGUGGAGUACAACACGCUCUUCCGGAAGUACGACCACAUGAGGGCUGCCAUCCUAGAAAAGAUGCCUCUUGUGGAGCGAGGUGGCACUCCGGAUGAGGAAGCAAAGGAGAGCAAAGAGGCCCAGCUUUCGGAAGCAGCCCUUGUCCCCACAGAGCCCCAGGCCUCCAAGCUCUUGGAUCUGUUAGAUCUCCUGGAUGGCACUUUUGAGGCUGCCCAGCCCCCACCUGCUCUGGAACCCUCCCCAGGAGGCACUUUAGUACACCUCCUCGACCUGCCCUGUGCGUCUCCAGCCCCAGCUUCCAUCCCAGAUCUCAGAGUGUUUGAGCGUGAAGGACUGCAGCUGAAUCUGUCUUUUGUUCGACCCCCUGGAACCCCUGCUUUGCUCUUAAUCACGGUCACUGCUGUCAACACCUCAGGGGCUGAUGUCACCCACUUUGUCUGUCAGGCUGCUGUGCCCAAGAGUUUCCAUCUGCAGCUACAGGCCCCCAGUGGGGACACAGUUCCAGCUCAGGGUGGCCUUCCAGUGACCCAGCUCCUCAGAAUCCUCAAUCCUAACAAGGCCCCCUUGAGGCUAAAGCUGCGCCUCACCUACAACCACUUUGGCCAGUCGGUGCAGGAGAUCUUUGAGGUGAACAACUUGCCCAUGGAGACGUGGCAGUAACUCAGCCUCCACUCAGUCUGAAAUCCUCCUGUAUCCCAAACUCCCCAGGGUCUCGGCCACUUGGAGCCUGUACCUGACGACUACCAGCAGGUGGCUCUCUGGGCCUACGUUUGCCUCUGCAAAAGAGGCGGGGGGGGGGGGGGGGUGUCUCCACCCCCCAUAAAUAAUAAAAGCCCAAUCAAGCCUGAGGGGGAAAACCAUA